CGCGGUAAGUCUUUUUCGACUUCGAUUUACCUAAUAACCAAAAUGCAUCCAUUUCUAUCGCAUUUCGAUUUCAAAGCUAAUUUUACUGGACUAUAUUUUGUCACCUCCAUCCUGCCUCGAUUACUUACCGGCGUCAGGCGUGGCGAGGGACGUUGUUUCUCGUUACAAUAAUAUAUACUCACCUAAUAUUUGGUCAUUUUCAUAACUAAAAUAUAUUCUUUUUAUUAAAUAUAGUAUUACGUAAUUUCCUUUUUAUAUUUUAAUUAUCUUUAAAAUGUGGAAAAAAUGUUGUCCGCAUAUCCAUGAAAUCAUAUGCUAUUAUUAUAAAUGACAGGAAUGCAGAAUAAUUAGCAGUUUAUUCAUAAAAAGAGGUUUUUAUCUGUGUAUAAUCUGUGUAUAAUAUUAUACGUAUGUUAUUUCAUAGUAUUUCACAGUUUCACGCAGCCUAUUAUAGCCGCCUGAGUAUAUAUUAAGUAUAGAUCGUGAUAAGAAAGUGAAGAGCUAUACAGUAGUAUAUGCUCGAAAGUGAAAGAGUGAGCUCCAAAUUCUUUUUUCGAACUGUUAUAACACGUCACUGCUGUAUUGUACAUAUAGGUUAGGUAUGGUCAACCACUUUUACACAUGUGGAGAAAGGAGAAAGACAGAAAGAAUUUGAAAGUUUCACCUUCUAUUAGCAUAUUAGUAAGUGGUUUCAAAUAAGUAUGCUCUCAAAUGCUUGUGAUUUUCUUCGUGUUUGGGAUAAAUGAAGUCGUUUAAAGCAAAAUUUUAAUCUGCCUGUUACAAUCAGUUUGUCUUCUUUGCUAAAUAAUUAAAUUACAUCACCAUUCAUUUAAAAUCUGAAUCUGCAGCGGAUAAAAAGGAAACAUGUUGGUAUCCAAGCGAACUUUAAAAAUCAUUACUGCAACCACAAUUGGCGUGGGAACAUUAGCAUCUUUGCGUGUAAAUGAAUAUGAUUUUGGAUCUAUUGGAAUUGUACGACUUAGUCGAGCUGCUGCCUCUGUUUUUGUUAUUGGAAGUCACUAUAAAAAAUCUUUAUACAGUAGCGGUUUGGAUACAAAGUCUGAAGAAUAUAAAAUAAAAAAAUCAGAAGCACAUACAUUUGGAGCACAAAAACUAUUGGAACUUUGCUGUGCUAAUAAAGGAGUAUACAUAAAGGUGGGUCAGCAUAUUGGAGCUUUAGAUUAUCUUCUUCCUAAGGAAUAUGUUCAAACAAUGCAAAUCUUGCACAACUCUGCUCCUCAAUCAUCGUUCAAUGACGUUUUAACGGUUUUAAAAGAAGAUUUUAAAAGAGACCCAUAUGAAAUUUUUGAAACAAUAGAAAAAACACCUCUUGGAACAGCCAGCUUAGCACAAGUACAUAAAGCUACUUUAAAAGAUGGUCGGCAAGUAGCAGUCAAAGUCCAGCAUCGAUCUGUAAAGGCAAAUUCAUAUGUUGAUAUAAAAACCAUGUCGGCAUUGGUUAAAAUUACAUCAUGGAUUUUUCCAGAUUUCAAAUUUGAUUGGUUAGUAGAUGAAACUAAAAAGAAUAUUCCUCGGGAACUGGAUUUUACCCGUGAAGGAAAAAAUGCAGAAAAAGUUCAAAAUUUAUUUAGUGAUUAUUCAUGGUUACAUAUCCCAAAAAUACAUUGGGAUGUUUCAUCAAAUCGAGUUUUAACAAUGGAAUUUAUAGAAGGUGGACAAGUCAAUGAUUUAAAGUAUUAUCAAGAUAAUAAAAUUAAUCCUUAUGAAGUUAGCAAUAAAUUGGGUCGACUUUAUAGUUAUAUGAUAUUUAUAACUGGUUUUGUUCAUUCAGAUCCGCAUCCAGGAAAUAUUAUUGUUAGAAAAAAGAAAAAUGAAGCUGAAAUUGUCCUUUUGGACCAUGGCUUGUAUGCUGAGUUGUCUAAUGAAUUUAGAUGGGAAUAUUCAAAACUAUGGCUUGCUAUUUUGAAUAGAGACAAAGUUGCCAUGCAGAGACAUUGUGCAAAGUUAGGUGUGGGUGAUAUGUAUGGACUGUUAGCUUGUAUGGUAUCUGGAAGAACUUGGGAUACAAUCAUGAGUGGUGUACAAAAAACAAAAUAUACAUCGGGAGAAAAAGAACUUUUUCAAAAAGAAAUUCCAGAUUUGUUACCAAAAAUUACAGAAGUUUUAGAAAAUGUCAAUAGGCACAUGUUAUUAGUCUUAAAAACCAAUGAUUUAAUUCGUAGCAUUGAGUACAAUUUGAAUACUCAUAGUAGAAUGUCUGCUUUCUUAGAGAUGUCAACAUGUUGUGUAAAAUCUGUUUAUGGGGAAAAAUUAAAAAAUUGCUCAUCUAAAUGGUCAAAAUGCCUGGUAACAAUACAAGAGCAAUGGUCACUUUUAAAAAUUGUAAUGUACUAUACAUAUUUAGGCAUUGUUAAUUUUGACAUAAGAAAAAGUGUGGACUCAUACUGGAAAAAUGAUGUUUAUUCUAUGUAUAACUAGUAAGAUAAAGAUAGCUUUCUUAAGUUUUAUAAAAUGUGUACAUACCAUAACAAUGUAAAAAUAUGUAAAUACUUUGUAUAAAAAUUUAAAUUACAGAGAUUGAACUUCUAAUGCUCAGGGAACUUGCAUUAUUACAUAGGUAAACAUAUUUUUAUUUAAAACCUCGUUUUUAAAACGCCACAUAAACAUUUUAUGAAAGGGUUAAUUGCUUAUUAUAAAUUGAAAAGCGGACAUUUUCAACGUUAUAAAACUUUAAUAAAACGUUUUGUAAACUAGAUUUACAAACGUAAAAAGGGUUUAGAAUAAAACGUUUUUUAACGUUUUAAAACGGUUCUGUGCUAUCAGGAAAGUUACCAAAAGAUAUAAAAAAAUCUCAGUUUUAAUAGUGGUCACUUAAUAGGUGUAAGAAAAGUAAAUGAUUGUAUACCUUUAAUAAAAUUACAUGCGAUAUGUAAAUUAUUAUUAAAACGCUACUAACGUACAUAUAUUUUUGACAAAUGUUAGUAGAUACAUUGUGUAUAUUUAUAUGAAUUGUACAUAAGUAUACGUUAAAUGCAAUGUUUAUAAUGACAUUAUUUUGAUAAUCAACGUCUUUUUUAAUUUAUUGAUGUUAAAAUUAUUAAAAAAAAUAAAUAUGCCAUUUACUAAAGUAACAAAUUAAACUAUUAAAUGGAAUGGCAUACACACGCACUAAUAAUUGUGUACUGUUACAGUAUGUAACAUAUAUAAUUAUGUAAAAAUAAAAGAAAUUCAUAAACA